AUGGCCCACGCUCCCUCCCGGAAGAAUGCGGCCUCGCAGAAGGCUGCUUCUCCUGCGCCAGCCUCGGGUGCAGUCAGCAGUGACAUGAUCCGCACGCAGUCGAGCAAGAAGAAGAGUUACGCUUCAGAGGGUGCAACUGAUAACGAUAUAUUCCUGCUCCCCAUGGGAGACUAUCAGAUCAUGGCGCUGUUGACUCUGUUGGCUGGCGUCGUCCGCCUUUUCAAGAUCUACCAACCCACCAGUGUGGUUUUCGAUGAGGUCCACUUCGGUGGAUUUGCUACCAAGUACAUCAAGGGCAAAUUCUUCAUGGAUGUCCAUCCUCCUUUGGCCAAACUCCUCAUCACCUUGGCUGGCUGGCUCGCUGGUUUCAAUGGCGACUUCGAUUUCAAGGACAUCGGAAAGGAUUAUCUCGAACCCAAGGUCCCUUACGUCUCGAUGCGCCUCCUACCUGCCAUCCUCGGAGUCCUCACCAUUCCCACAAUGUUUUUGACCCUGAAGGCGUACGGAUGCCGAACAGUCACGGCUUGUCUCGGUUCCGCACUCUUGAUCUUUGAAAAUGCAUUGGUCACACAAUCGAGGCUGAUUCUUCUCGACUCGCCCUUGGUCAUCUGUACCGCCUUCACAGCUCUAGCAUGGACUGCCUUCACAAACCAACAUGAACUAGGCCCCGAGCGCGCCUUUGACGCAAGUUGGUGGUUUUGGCUUGCAGCUACUGGUCUGGGCCUGGGUGCCACUGCCAGUGUCAAAUGGGUCGGUCUCUUCACCAUCGCCUGGGUCGGCAGCUUGACCAUCCUCCAAUUGUGGGUGCUGCUCGGCGACAGCGUCAACGUCACCCCACGGAAAUGGUUCAAGCAUUUCUUUGCUAGAGUCUUCUGCCUGAUUGUCAUCCCGAUUGCGUUCUAUGUGGGGAUGUUCGGAAUUCAUUUCUUGUGCCUGGUCAAUCCUGGCGACGGCGAUGGUUUCAUGUCUUCUGAGUUCCAAGCAACAUUGAACAACAAGGGUAUGGCUGAUACACCUGCCGACGUAUUGUUUGGUAGCGAAGUGACCAUCCGACAUCACAACACCCAGGGUGGCUACCUCCACUCCCAUCCACACAUGUACCCUGGCGGCAGCAAACAACAACAAGUUACUUUGUACCCCCACAAAGACGAGAACAACAUUUUCCUUCUCGAGAAUCAGACACAGCCCAUCACCGCCGACAAUGUCACCAUUGCAGGUCCCAAAGCGUGGUCUAAUCUCACUGAGUUUAUCAAGGAUGGUGACGUUAUCCGGCUGUACCACAUCACAACGCAUCGACGCAUUCACUCUCACGACGUCCGACCUCCAAUUACCGAGGCUGACUGGCAGAACGAAGUCACUGCUUAUGGCUACGAAGGAUUUGAAGGUGACGCCAAUGAUCUCUUCCGAGUGGAAAUUGUCAAGUCAAUGUCUGAUGGCGAAGAAGCCAAGAAGAGGCUGAGGACGAUUCAGACGAAAUUUAAGCUGGUCCACAUCAUGACGGGCUGCGUUCUUUUCUCACACAAGGUCAAACUGCCUGAUUGGGGAUUCGAGCAACAGGAAGUGACUUGUGCCAAAGGAGGCACCCUUCCCAACAGUGUGUGGUACAUUGAACAGAAUCAGCAUUCAAUGCUCGGGGAAGAUGCAGAGAAAGUCAACUACAGGAACCCUGGCUUCUUGGGCAAGUUCUGGGAAUUGCAAAAGGUCAUGUGGAGGACAAAUGCCGGCUUGGUUGAAUCGCACGCCUGGGACUCCCGACCAGGCUCCUGGCCGAUUCUCCGACGCGGGAUCAACUUCUGGGGCAAGGACCAUCGUCAGAUCUAUCUCCUCGGGAAUCCCGCCAUCUGGUGGCCUUCGAGCCUGGCCAUUUUGACCUACAUCAUUUUCAAAGGUAUCGCCGUUCUACGCUGGCAACGGAGCUGCAACGAUUAUUCCAACGUCAACUUCAGACGAUUCGACUACGAAGUCGGUCAGACCGUUCUUGCAUGGGCUUUCCACUACUUCCCCUUCUACUUGAUGGCAAGGCAGUUGUUUCUGCACCACUAUUUGCCGGCCCUCUACUUCGCCAUCAUGGCCAUGUGCCAGAUCUUCGAUUUUGUCGUCAACCGGAUUUCGUCUCUAGGAUUGAAGAAGUAUCCCGAAAUUGGCUGGAGUGUCGCUGUCGUGUUUGUGGCAUUUGCGAUUGGUGUUUUCACCUUGUACGCUCCAUUGAUCUAUGGCAAUCCAUGGACACAAGACCAAUGCAGAGCGGUCAAACUGUUUGACACCUGGGACUUUGACUGCAACACCUUCCACACUGAUUAUGCCAAGUACUCGACGCCGCUUCCAAACUUUGGAGAAGGUGGAGUAACUCCCACAGUUCCGUCCAUGCAGAUCGAUUCGGACAGGAAAGAUGACCCAUCAGCGGUCACCCCUCAGGUUGGCGAGGGGAGGGUGAUUGGACAAGAAGAGCGAGUGGAAUAUCGCGACCAGAACGGCAAUCUCUUGGACGAAGCCCAAGUUCAAGAACUGCUAGCGGAGGGCAAAGCAUCCUUCCAGACCAAGUACGAGACAAGAACAAGACUGGUUGACGAGCAAGGCAACGAGGUCAACGCUUCAGGAGUUGCCCCCGAUCACCCGGAUGUCGAGGGUCAGAACCCGUCAACGAAGGGUGUGCCCGAGGAGCAGGCGAACAAGUCGCCUGCAGAUGCUCAAGCGGGCGGAUCAGUGAAGAAGGGAGAUGACAGCAAAGCCAAACCGGCCAGCGACGCGAGCGAAGCGACGAAAUAA